GUCUCCGCCUCCGCGCUCCACAGACUCACUGCCGACCGCAGCCGAGCGCACAGGCCGCCGUGAAACCUCCCGAGGCCGGAUGGUAAAAUCCAACCUCCAGCGCAUCCUAAACAGUCAUUGCUUUGCCCGCGAAAAAGAAGGAAAGAAACAGUGCGAGAGCAGCAUCAUGGAGGCGCUCAGUUCCAGUAUUACCGACAGGAUGGCGAGUCUGACUGUAUGUUGUAGUAGUACCACUGGUCCAGGGCCUCUGUGGUGCUCCGAUGCCCCUCACCCACCUCUAAAGAUCCCAGGUGGGCGAGGGAACGGAGCACGGGAUCACCCAUCCACAGCACAGACGCUGUACUCCGACAGGAAGUUGACUGUGACAGAAGAGCCUGCUGGUCCCGGUCGUCCGCAGAUCCUGCAUUUCCAGAGUCGCCCUGCAGCGGCACGGCUCAUCCAGUGGGAGGCAGUGCUGAGAGGAGAUGGCCUGUUUGUGGAGAUUCCCUGCGAACCCUUUCCAGACGGCAGCAAGGAGAGCUUCAUCUCUCUGCUGGAGUUUGCUGAAGAGCAUCUGAAGGUGGUCAGUGUGUUUGUCUGCUUCUACAAGAACAGGGAGGAUCGUGUAAAACUGGUGCGGACGUUCAGCUUUCUGGGCUUUGAGAUGGUGAAACCGGGUCAUGCUCUGGUCCCUGCUCGACCUGACGUCCUCUUCAUGGCCUACAACUUUGACAGGGAUUCCUCGGAUGAAGAUUAGUUUCCACAAGACGCUUGUUUGCAUCAUAAUCAUCGUUAUUAUUGAUUAUUAUUAUUAUAGCUCUUGCUGACCGAUUCCCUCUGUAGACGGAGACUGUGAGCGAGUAUAAAUGUGCUGUUUCUCUGCGUGCGCGUGUGUGUGUUGUUGAUAUGUUUGAUUUUUCUGGAAUGUUCACACACAGGUCAUUGUUCUGCAUUGUUUGGGUACGGAAGCUCCUCAGUUGAUGAUUGUUGUUGUUAUUAUGGUCUGUUUCUUCAUCGUUAUGGUCAGUUUGGGUGUAGUGUUUACCUCAGAAUCUGCUUUCUAGUUUUAUUGAGCGUCAGUGUUGGAGUUAAUCAGAGGAACAGGACAUUGAUUGGUGGAUUGAUUUGAUUUUUGUUCGAGUGAGUUGAUCAAGUGAUUGGUCAGUCAAUUGAUCGAUCGAUUUGUUGAUUGGACGCUUGAUUGAUUGGUCAGUUGAUUGAUUGGUCAGUCAAUUAUUUAUUUAUUUUACUGACUAAUUGAUUGGUCGGUCAGUCAAUUGAUUGGUUAUUUGAUUAUCAGUCAAUCAAUUGGCCUAUUUGGUUGAUUGAUUGGUUGACUGAUUUGGUCAAUUGAUUCGGUCUGUUGAUUGACUGAUUUGGUCUUUCUAUUGAUUGAUUGAUUUGGUCGGUCGAUUGAUUGAUCGCUUGGUCUGUCAAUUGAUUGGUCAGUCGAUUGGUUAAUUGAUUGACUGGUCAGUCGGUUGAUCUAUCGAAUGAUUGGUUGGUCCCCUGACUGGUCGGUCAGUCAGUUGGUUGAUUGAUUUGGUCAGUCGAUUGAUUGAUUGACUGAUUGGUUGAUUUGGUUUGGUCUGUCGAUUGAUUUGAUUGAUUGAUUGAUUGAUUGAUUAAUUUAUUGAUUAAUUGGCUGGUCGGUUAGUCUAUUUGACUAGUCGGUCAGUCAAUUGGUUGAUUGAUUUGGUCAGUAGAUUGAUUACCUGACUGAUUGGUUGAUUUGGUUUGGUCUGUCGGUUGAUUGAUUGAUUGGCUGGUCGGUCAGUCGAUUUGACUGGUCAAUCAGUCAAUCGGUUGAUUGAUCGGUUGAUCAAUUGAUUUGAUUGGUCAGUCAAGUGAUUGGUUGAUUGAUUUUAUUGAUUGAUUGCUUGAUCAAUCAAUCAAUUGAUUGAUUGAUCAGAUAGUGAUUUACUGGUACACAGCCUGAAGGGAAGCUAAAUGAACACACCCAAAGCUCUUCUGCAUCUCUCUGUGCUGUUAUUUUGUAUAUCAGAAUGGAUUCAGACUUCUGUUGUGUUUGUGCUGUUACUGCAUUCGUUCAUUCCCUCCAUCUUUUAUUUUGGACACAUUUAUCCUCUAUAGUGGUACACCUUUGCUUCUGUCAUAAUAAAACCAUUAUUUAAAGACA